GCAGAUGUUGGUUCAGCGUCUGUCCGAGGUGAAGUGCUUGCUCUUCUCGAAGGAGCUGAGUUACACAAACAACACCACAUGCAUGUUGAGGCAGUACCGAGCCUUGAAUGAAAAUGAACGUGCACAACCCGCGCCAAGUACCAGGAAACAUGCUGUGGAUCAGGCUUCGGUUGCCAUGGUUGUGAAGGAUUCCCAGCCUUUCACACUGGUGGAAGAUCAGGGAUUUAGGAGCCUCCUGGAUCUCCUCGAGCCUACCUAUAUUAUUCCAACUAGACAGGCUCUAAAGGCAAUGGUCGAGGAGAGAUUCCAUGCCGAAAUGCAGAAGGCAAAAGAAGAGGUCCAGAAAGCUAAAGCUUGCAGUCUGACUGCAGACAUGUGGACCUCUAUGGACAUGGAGGCCUAUCUUGGUGUGACGUGUCACUUUAUUACUGAGGAGGACACUCUGAACACCAUCCUGCUGGGAGUGGAACACUUUCCACAGAGCCACACAGCAGAGAACUUAGCCCAGGCAAAGACAAAAAUUAUGGCAGAAUGGGGAAUAAAAGAUUAG